AUGAUGCCUUACCUUAAGAAGGCAUACAACAUGCUCAAGCUUGCUGUGGCCGAGUUUCUUGCGAGCUCGAAUGUCGAUUGGGUGAUCCAAGACUUCAUAUCUUUCUGCAUAUACAAUGCUAACACCCUCGUCUUCGCCGGCCUGCCAUCUUUUUUGAUCGACGGUCAGGCCAGGGCCAAGACGGCGAAGGACUUGAUAGUCGUCCCUGAGUGGGUUACUUACCCCACCAAAGUCGCAUACAGGCUUCAUGAGGUGAUUAAUAAAGAGGAUUUCGUGGACUCUGACACUGACAUGUCCGUUUUGGAAAGGUCAGGUAGGUUGAUACAGGGUCGCGAUAUCGUUGCCGUGAGGGUCUGCAGCGAGUUUGAGGCCGAGCCAUUGAGUCCACUCAAGAAGCUAUACACGAGUCAUGUGGUUCCGGUGGGGCUUUUGCCACCCCAGAUUAAAAGAUGCCACGAAGGAGACGGAAGAUGGAGCGAGCUAAAGCAAUGA